CCGGGCCCGCUGCGGGAGCGGCCGCGCACCGCCGGGUGUUCGGGCUCGCCUGCGGCCGGAGGCGGCCCCGGGGGCUCCCACCACGGAGGCGGCCGGCGGCGGGGCGGAGCGGGCGGGACGCGAGGGUGUCGCUGUGCUGCGGCAUUGCGGCUCCUCGCGAAUAAAGCGUCACCUUUACGUCGCGGCCAGCGGCAACUUGUUAAGCCGGGGGGAGUUUCACAGCGCCGGGACGUCGCCUGCGAUCUCUUGGGUACUUCCUUUCUGACUUGCAGUGGCAGAGGGAAACUGAAGACCUUGAAGACAGACUCCUGUGGCUCCUUGCUUGGCAGUAACAAUGCUGCAGCCAUGAGAUUAUAGUGAGCCCUUCCUGUGUGGCCUCCAUGGGUCCCACUCAGCUCAGCCCACAGGAUCAUGGGAAGAGGGUGGCAAGUGUAUUUGAGAUGGAGGAGGAAGGGCUUUCGCUCUUCCCUGGCUCAGAGAAUCCCCCUGAGCAUGCAGAAAAUCCCCCCCUGAAGAGGAAGAAGGGCCCAGCCCCUAAGAUGCUGGGAAAUGAAGUGUGCAGCGUGUGUGGAGACAAGGCCUCCGGCUUCCACUACAACGUGCUGAGCUGUGAAGGCUGCAAGGGCUUCUUCCGCCGCAGCGUCAUCAAGGGCGCGCAGUACGUGUGCAAGAACGGCGGCAAGUGCGAGAUGGACAUGUACAUGCGCCGCAAGUGCCAGGAGUGCCGGCUGCGCAAGUGCCAGGAGGCAGGCAUGCGGGAGCAGUAUGUUCUGUCUGAAGAGCAGAUCCGCUUGAAGAAACUGAAGAAGCAGGAGGAUGAUCAGGCUCGGACAGUCGUGGUGCACCCAAAUCCUCCAAACCCACCAAGCCCUUCCCACAAACUGACGCCUGAACAGUUGAGCAUGAUCAAAAAGCUGGUGGCUGCUCAGCAGCAGUGCAACCAGCGCUCGUUCACAGACAGGCUCAAAGUGACGCCGUGGCCCCAAGUUCCUGACCCUAAUAACCGUGAAGCAAGGCAGCAGCGUUUUGCUCACUUCACAGAACUCGCAAUUAUCUCUGUGCAAGAGAUUGUGGACUUCGCCAAGCAACUACCUGGCUUCCUGGAGCUCACCAGGGAAGAUCAGAUUGCUUUAUUGAAGACAUCUACCAUAGAGGUGAUGUUGCUGGAGACAUCUCGGCGCUACAAUCCAGAGAUUGAGAGCAUCACCUUCCUGAAGGACCUGAGCUAUAAUCGGGAUGACUUCGCCAAAGCAGGUCUGCAGUUUGAGUUCAUUAACCCCAUCUUUGAGUUCUCAAAGGGAAUGAAUGAGCUACAGCUCAACGAUGCUGAAUAUGCACUUUUAAUUGCCAUCAACAUUUUCUCUGCAGACCGACCGAAUGUGCAGGACCAGUCCCUGGUGGAGAGGCUGCAGCACACCUAUGUGGAAGCCCUUCAUUCUUACAUCUACAUCAACAGACCAAAUGACCGCCUGAUGUUUCCACGGAUGCUAAUGAAGCUGGUCAGUCUUCGGACGCUGAGCAGUGUCCACUCUGAACAGGUGUUUGCCCUUCGGCUGCAGGACAAGAAACUCCCUCCCCUGCUCUCGGAGAUCUGGGACGUGCACGAGUGACCGCAUGCUCCCAGGGCACCGGCGUGAUGCCGUCAUCUCCCAGCCUUUGCUAACGAGAAGCCAGCCUCCCCUCUGCAAAGCACUCAGCUCCGGGCCAGGCGACGCGGGGAGCAAUGAGCCUGGGGUUUCAGUGUUGGCACAAGACUAUGCAGGAGGCAGCUGGGGUAGAGCAGAUGAGGGGGGGGGGGUUGGUUUUGAUGUAGUGCCCGUACCCCAAAGGAAUAACGUGAACCAUCUGAUAAACGGUAGAAAUGAAGACCUUCCCCACAAACACACGUACACCUCUUCCUUCAGUCUUUCUCUUCUCUAAGCAUGUCCUGAGGGCUUGCCCCUUGAUCCUCUCCUCUCAUGUUGAUUAUGAAAAUCAAUUUGCAGGAACUUGCCAAACCCUCUUCUGUGGAGAGUAACCCAGCUCAAAAGGCUUCUGCAGGGUCUCCAAUGUACCUGGAUCUGAGGAGCUCAGGGAAGUCAAUGUGGAUGUUCUAGGGGUUUCACUGGGUUUCCAAUAAAUAAAAUCUCUUGUACAUGUUGCCCUUAACAGCGAUUCCAAGAGAAGUAACUGUUAUUUCUUCAUUAUGAGACUUCAUCUCUAGAGCUGCCCUUUCAUUCUGGCCCUCCUAUGGAAAAAGGAUUCCUCUAAUGUGUAGUGCCCUUUGUCUAACAGGAAGGCCCUCCGGAUAGGGAACAUUUGUACACCAGAAAGAUGUCAGGCAUGAAGUAGUGGAUUUUCUUUAUUUUAAAUGUAAUACUUUGCAGUUUUAUCUCAUGGUGGCUUAAAGCCAGUUCGCUUUACCUUUGAUUUGCUAACAGUUGGGAAACUAGUUCAAAACAAAACAGGGCAUAGAUUUUAUCUUUAGGGGUGGAAUAGAAGAAAGGUAGGUGUGAAGGAUUGGUACCUAGGCAAGAUAGGUGGGGGUGGAAGGAUCUCAAAAACUUCCAACAAUUUGGAGCACGUGGCACACGUUCCAAGGUGGGUGUGAAGAUGUAUGGGCCGAGGAGGUAGGACAGCGCAUCUGGUGAAAUCCGUGGGCAUUGUGUAAGCUCUGGGCUGCACGGCUCGGGCUGCAGGGAUACUGGGUGUGACCAGCUCCACUCUUCUUCUCCACUCUUCUUCCGUCUUCUUCCUUUUGCCACAGUGUUUCUAAGGUACUUGCGUAAGGAUUUAGUGAUGGUCAUGAGACAAGGAGGUUCCUCGUGUAUGAGAAGUGCCAAUUGCUUUAGAAGAACACUUGGGUCUUGUAUCCUUUCUUCACUUUGGGCACUGUGAGAUCCACACUGGCUUUACGCCCCCAGUUCUUAAGUACCUACAUCCACACGUAUUCUAGGAUUUACAGCAAUAUCUUGUCUGACAGAAGAGAAUCACGCUGUUGUAAAUCAUGUUCCUUAUUUUCCAAGAAACAACAUCAUCUGGCUGAUCUCAAGAGAUGUAACCUUAAGUAUCCUGGUAGCUUGGUCUCAUGAGUCUUCUCUGUCAUAGGGGUCUGUGUUUGCUUGCCCGGUGAGCAUCCCAAGAGCCUCUGUUCACAUGGCUCGGGGUUUUUUGUUUUGUUUUGUUUGUUUUUUGGCUGUGUAUCUGAGCGCUAUGCCCGUGGUGAGGGUAUCGUGUCCAUUUUUGCACUUGAGGUUGGUCCCCUGCCACCGGCCUUCACUCUGCACCUUUGUAAAGCACUUGUAACAAUCUGUAAAAUAAUCUGUUGUUUUUUAUAACUCAUUGCAAUUGCAAAAAUUCUUGUUUAAAUCUGUAUUUUUAACUAAUCUGUUUGAGAAAUGUUAAUGUUUAUAUAAAAGAAUAAAGCCUAAUACAGGAUUUUGA